GUGGUCGAUGAGGAGUUAUCGGAAGACGGGCCAGAGAUGGAAAAGUUUGCCGAGGCCUUAGAUGUUGAACCGGACUCAAGAGCUUGAAUUCUGGAAUUCAUGUUGGAGAGCGAAGACUGAAUGCUGGACAAAGCUGACAACACUGGGUCGUUGUUUUGGACUGAAGAACAGUAGAUCGGGUUGAGACGUCGGAUCCGCCUGCCCGCUUGGGUGCAACAUCAGCCGAAGUGGAAGCCGGUUCGAGAUUCUUUCUCUUCUGUAUCUGUUUCUUGCCGGAGAAUGGAGGAGGAAUAUCUGCUGCUGGGACGUCAAUUUUUUCACAAAGCAAGGCAAACAGUUCCUUAUGCGAAGCUCCAGUUGGUGCCGGGAUGUCGUGUCUGUAUAAGGUUUCAAGUACUUUCGGCAGCGGCCAGUCAAUGAUGCUGGGAGGACUACAUGAUGAUUUACUUGCCAGGCGAGAGCUCCGGCGGACAGAAGCAAUGCUUUCAUCAUUAAUGGCUUCCUCCGCUUGACUUAUUUGUUGCUGGGAUUCUUCGAUGAAUUCAACUUGCCACGGAUCUGAAUCAUUUGCGGCGGCAGACAUGGUCAUCAGUUGGAAGGAGGAGCGUGACCCGGGACAUGGGCGAUCCGCUCCCACCUGUGACAACAUUCUACCAAAAACAAAGAUAGUAACUUGAUGAUGCAGCUUGAUGAUGCAGUAAUCAAAGGUGUCAUUGAGUGAAUCCAGUAUAUACCGUAUGAGGUGGCGCGCUCCACAGAAGGCCAGCGGCUCUUAUUCAUGCUCUGGGAACUCAGGCAACAUGUCUGCGAAAGAAGACUUGGAAAUCAAUGAGUGCCAGGUAUCCACCAUCCAAGUGGCAACGCAUGGAGAGACCACACUAAACGGGGACAGCCCAGCAUGUGCCCGUCGUGGGGCUGUAAAGGUGGAGAAAAGCCGCAACUGGGGUUGGCUUUUGUCCGGAUUCAUCUGUUUAAAUGUACUGCUCCUGGGAAUUGUUUUAAUCAGUGGUAGCGUCUUCAAUGGGACGCAGAUUUCAGCUUCACACCUACAGAUUUUCCUCAUCUUAGUCGUGCUUCUCACUACCAUAUGGAUGGUUUACUACAAAGCCCAUACAGCGAAGGUGUAUCAUGCAGUACUGUACAAAGACAGCCACGCCGGACCCGUCUGGCUAAGAGCUGGCCUGGUUCUGUUUGGCAUCUGCAGUGUUAUCAUGGUCAUUUUUAAGAUCAUUUACUAUGUGGGUUACGUAGAGUGCGAGUCGCCAGUGAAGAUUGUGUAUCCUAUUGUGCAAGCCGUGUUUGUUAUUGUGCAGACUUAUUUUCUCUGGGUCCACGCUAAAGACUGCAUACAGCUACAGCAAAACAUUACAGGUUGUGGUCUGAUGUUGACGUUGUCAACGAAUCUUGUGGUUUGGAUGACAGCCGUGACAGAGGAGUCGCUUCAUCAAACCAUUAUUCCAAGCAACGGUUCAUCUAACAACCCUCACAGCUUCAACUUGACCGAGAAAACAGCAGACAUCAGUGACUGCAAAUGCAGCCAUGAUGUAUGCAACGUAUUCGAAAACGCCUACUAUUACAUGUACCCCUUCAACAUCGAGUACAGCCUCUUUGCCUCGGCCACGACCUACAUCAUGUGGAAGAACAUCGGCCGCCAGAUGGACGAACACCACAACCAUCAUCUCAAAUUCAACAUGUGGGACGUUCUGGUCGGUCCGGUGGCCGGACUCAUCAUUCUGGUGGUGGGUCUGGGUACGUUUAUUGUCUACGAAGUGGACACGUCUAAGGGAGACCCAAUCAGGAAGUUGGAAGCCCUGACCAUCUAUUACAGCACAAACAUAGUCACCAUCUUACUGAUGUCCAUAGCAACUCUGUCCGGUUGUAUUAUCUUCCAGCUGGAUAAGAGGGAGCAUGUGUCCGACAAGAACCCUACACGGAGUCUAGACGUGGUACUGUUGGUGGGAGCAUCGCUGGGCCAGUUCCUCAUCUGCUACUUCACUAUAGCGGCUGUCCUUUCAUCAGGGGUCAAAGGACAAGUGAACAAGCUCAGUCUGGUCUCGUCUCUUCUGACCGUGAUCCAGCUGUGUCUACAGAACGCCUUCCUCAUCAAAGGCCUCCACCGAGAGCCGUUUAAAGAGACACACACGGCCACCGUCUUCACUAACUCCAGGGUCGUUCAGAGAGACCCGGAAAGAAGGGCCAGCUCUAUCGUUCCGGCACACACGCUACCCAUCCUCUUGCUGUUUCAGGGGCGUCUCUCCUGGAAGAGGAGGAUCCUAAAGGAGAUCUGUGCCUUCUUGUUACUCUGCAAUGUCACUCUGUGGAUUAUACCAGCAUUCGGAGCCCGGCCUCAGUUCGACGACACUGUCGGAUCAGACAUCUAUCAGUUUCAAACAUGGGUAGCUGUGGUGAAUAUCGGGAUGCCGUUUAGUAUCUUCUACCGCAUGCACUCGGUGGCCAGUUUGUUUGAGGUCUGCUUUGCCUCUUAACUCUUACUGUCAGAUGAUGCACAUCACUUUGUAAUAUUAUAUAUACCACAUAUAUAUAUAUUUUUAUAGGUUAUUUUUGUUUAGCUAAAAGUUUUAAUAUUUUUUAUUUUAUGACAAUACUAUGGUGUAUAUGUUUGUUUGAGAAUUUGUGGAUGUCUUGUGGGGAUCAUGUUGAAUGAACUGAAAUCUUAUGAAAUAUGUGUAAGAUGUCACAUAUCUAUUAAAAUUUGGCUUAACGCUGUUACAAUACUCUGAGAGUAAAGCUAAGAGCUGUACCCUUUAUAGAUUCAAUGGAUCACUGGAUUUUACUCCGA